AUGCAGAUGCCUAAUAAAGUUGUUACCGCGAUUCUACUUGCCCUUUUCUGCGGCGUUGCGGAAUGCAGCCCUGCCGGCAACGGACAUGACUGGCUCCCGAGAGCCGAAAGCAGCCUCUCCACCGCUGCGUCAAGUGUAGUAACACGAACAGCUGCAACUACACCCAUGUCUACCCCCACAUCUGCUGGCAUGUCGCCCAAUGGCCAAUGCGGCGGUACCACUGGACUCACAUGCAAGGGCUCUGGAUAUGGCGAAUGUUGCAGCUCGUUGGGCUGGUGUGGUGAUGAAAAAGCCUACUGUUACAGCAGCUUUGGAUGCCAGUCAAAAUUCGGAGAAUGUACAACCACAACACUUACACCGGACGGAACAUGCGGCGGCGACAAAGGGUACACAUGCACAGGCCUAUACUCCCCUGGAAAUAAGGCUUGCUGCAGCGUUGAUGGUUUCUGCGGCUCCUCGGGGAUCCACUGCGGGACUGGUUGUCAACCGGAGUUUGGAGAUUGCGCUGCCGCUGAUGUGACAAUGGACGGUACCUGUGGUGGAGAUCAAGGGCUUACUUGUGCGGGUUCGGCUUUUGGAGCGUGCUGCAGUGCUUUGGGGCAUUGUGGGGAUACUGCAAAUUGGUGCGGCCAGGGAUGUCAAAAAGAGUUCUCCUCGGGAUGUUUGACAGUAAACGUUCCCAGCGUGGAUGGAUCUUGCGGCGCUACAAAUGGCGGAUUCACCUGCACUGGUAUUCUUGGUAAUUUCAAUGGAGAUUGCUGUUCCGAUGAUGGCUGGUGCGGUUCCACAUCCGAAUACUGCGGAACCGGUUGUCAAUCAGGCUUUGGACGGUGUGAGUAG